CCCCCCCCCCCUCGCCGCCGCCACCCUAGAAACCCUACCCUGCAGCCACAAGUUCCACCGAAAACCGGAUUCCUUUGCUGGAUCCGGAGAGAUUUGGUUGAGAAAAACUCCUUCUUGGCUGCGGAUUGCUUCCCUGCGUCCCGUCGACCAUUUGACCCACCUCCAAAACAAAUCAAAGUGGUUCGCGAAGGGAUUGGCCCUGGUUCAAUUUCUUUCGCAGAAGCUGUCAAGCGAGGGGUGAAGAUGGCCGACCGCCGUGCAGGAGGGAGCAGCAAUCCCUCUGCUGGUCAGUCCAAAGGAGCGGGACAGAAACCCACUUCCUUUGCUGGGCGGAAACCAACUGCGCCUGCCGCAAAGGAACCUGUCCCUGCCCCCAAGCCCACCAGAUCUACAGCCUUCACUGCUGGUUCCGCUCAGGUACAAUCAUCCCAAUCUGUCGAGGUUGGAGUGGAACAAGUCCUUGAUCCUAGGUAUAAGGACAUUAUCUGUUUUAAUUGUGGUGGACCUGGGCAUUACGUGGGGAAUUGCGUGAAGCCGAAAGCCUGCUUUAUUUGUCAGCAGAAUCACAAUGUGAAUAACUGUGCAGCGUGGUCUAAGAUUCAACCUACUGCUGCCUUUUUUGGUAGUGGAGCUCAAGGUCUUGGUUUCUACCAUGUAGAUGUUCCUGUUGCAAAUGAGUCGAAAUAGCUAAACUUCCAGAACUGUGCGGUGGUUAACAUCCUGAAAGGAGAAGUGGACUGUGCUAAGCUGAUGGAACUGUUAUCUGCUACCUUUUGCAAAACUAAACACUGGCCUUGGCAAAUCAGAGGUCUCUUCAGUAAGACAUUUUUAGUUAGAUUUCCUCCUUGGAAGAAAGUGGAAGACCUAAUUGAAUUACCUGGGUUCUCCCUGCCGCAAGAUGUGAAUGUGACACUAACUGAAUGGAAAGGGGGUUGUGAGCCUUUUGGAGAGUUGAUUGAAGCCUGGGUGCUGAUUGAGGGGAUUCCCCCAAAGUGGUGUACCUGGAAGGUGUUUGCCCAAGUUGCUUCACUGUUUGGAGUGCUUACAGAUGUGGACUGGAAUGGUAUGUUCAGAACUCUUUUUGAGAACGUCAGAAUCAAAAUAGCCUGCAGAGACCCAACCAAAAUUCCUUUUGAGAGAUUGAUUGAGAUGAAGAAAAAACUGUUCCUACUUGGCUUUACUGUGGAAGGUUUUGAGCAAGCAGGAGGUGUUGACUCUGUCAUUGAUUUGGAUGAGGAUGAAGAUGGUAAUGAGGAAGGUGGGGGUGCUGAGAAAGAACAGACUGGAAAAGAGAAUGGAGCUCAGGAGGAGCAUGCUUCUGAAGGAUCAGGUGAGGAUGAUCAGGCAAUUGAUGAAUUAGACAAAGCUAAUUUUACAACUAAACAGGUAUCUUCAAACAAGUCUGGUAGUCAAAGGGGGGUGGUUACACCUAUGGGGUAUGGGAAUGAUGCUGAUCAGGAGGAGUUCAUCAUGAAAUGUGCUUUGGCUGCUGUUGAUUUUGAUGAUGCAUCAUCUGAUGGGCACAAGUCUGGCUUUGCUGGUGACCUCAAAGAACAGAACCACAUGUCUGGUGAGGAGGAAAGGAAGGAUGGAAAAAUGAUGAUACCAGAAAAUUCUCUACUUGGGGAAAAUGCUGCUUACAUAACUCUUGAGAAGAAUAUUGGUAGUAUGGAAUACUGUGAGGAUCUGUUAAGAUCAGUUGAUGUUUCUGACUCUGAAAAUGAGGAUUCAAAGGAAGAAGAGUUGGGGGUUCUCCCUCUUGAGGCUGUCCAAAUCCUACAGAGUGAGUCUUGGAAGAGAUCCCUGUUGGAAUCACUUAACCAAACCAAAAAAAAUGAUGAGAAUAUCCAUGAGAAGAAGCCUAAAUGGGGUCCUGUGCUAGCUAAAAGGCCUGCUACUAGGGGGCAUGGCUAUGUGAACAUCAUGGAGAAAGCUGCUGCAUAUAAAAUGAAGAAGAACUUGGAGAUUCCACAAACAUUCAAAGGGGAGAAGAUGACGAAGUAUACGAUGUGUUUUGGACCUGUUGGGGGCAAUGAUCAGGAAGUGGAAAAUCUUAUGUUCAGAGGCUCAGGGUGCGCUUCUUCUCCAUUGCUUAAGACUUUUGGAUCAUCGAAGAAAGGAAUUGCUUAGGAUCGCGUGGCGGUGAUGCUGCUACCAGGGGCGCCGCUGGGUGAUGCUCUCUAGUUUGCUAUUUUAGCUUAUUUGUGUCGACUGGCAUGUCUGUCACCUGGUUAUGUACCCUAGCUGGACCUUCUUGAAACUUGUAAUAGGGCAGCUCAGUCUUUGUUUCUUCUAUCUGUGGCA